CCAACUGGGAUCUGGUCCCACCAAAAAAUCAUCGAAUGUUCUCUGCGGAAUAUAUCAGAUUAUUUUAGUUUCGUUUUAUUUUCGUUGAGCCAGAACAAAUAAAAAUAAAGUUAAUAUGCGCUCAGUACAGAAGUGAAAGCAAAAACCUCAGUCGAAAAAAGGCCGAAGCAACGCACAGAAAACGGAUCAAAAACAAACCAAAUGGCCGACGAAGCUGCAGUGCCCUCCGCAGACAAUGCGGCACCUGCAGCUGCACCAGGAGAGGAUCACCCAACUCUGACAGUGCCACCUGCUCCAGCGGAUAAAGCAGCCGCAAAUGCCUCCUCGUCCACCACAGUGCAGGUGGGCGGGGAUGGGUCGGAGACGGAGCGGUGCUGCUGGAUCUGCUUCGCCACUGACGAGGACAACCGCCUGGCGGCGUGGGUGAAGCCCUGCCAGUGCCGUGGUACCACCAAAUGGGUGCACCAGAGCUGCCUCUACCGCUGGAUCGACGAAAAGACUCAGAAGGGCAACGCCUUGCGCUCCGUGUCCUGUCCGCAGUGCCAGACGGAGUAUAUCAUUGUGUUCCCGCAGAUGGGCAAGUUCGGAGGCGCCCUGGAGGCGAUGGACAAUCUCAUCAAGCGCCUGAGUCCCUUCCUGGCGGCUGGCUUCUUCGUGGGGUCUCUAUACUGGACAGCUGUCACAUACGGAGCGGUGACAUUCUUACAGAUCGUGGGCCAUGAGCACGGCAUGUCCAUAAUGGAGGCCGGUGAUCCGCUCGUUUUGCUCAUCGGGCUACCAGCGAUCCCUGUAGGGCUGGUGCUUGGUCGUCUGAUUCGCUGGGAGGAUGCCCUGUUGCGUCUGAUUCGAAACCGUGGGACUGUGGUGCGGAAGUUUCCGUUUGUGAGCCUCAUUUAUCCAAACCUAAACCAGGACGAUGACCAGCAAAGCACCAGCAAUCCGGCCACCCCGGCUCUGUCCGACACCGUGUCGGCCACGCGGGUUUUCUGUGGGGCCCUUCUGCUGCCCACCAUAUCGUCGAUCGUGGGACGAAUUCUCUUUGACUCCGUGGACAAUACCUUGCAUCGCACUCUGCUCGGCGGUCUCACCUUUAUAACGGUAAAGGGAAUCCUAAAGAUUUACCUGAAGCAGAAACAAUACGGCCGCCGUAAGAAGCGUAGAAUCGUCGACUACACGGAGGAGAACAUACGCAACUUUAUGCAUCGCAACAAUAAUAACCCCGCAGGCGCAGCACGACCGGAUCCGCAGCCGCAGCCUCAGCAGCGACCAGUGCCCCCGGCACAGCGUAUGGAUGCAGUAAUUACUCGCCCACGCGGGGACAGUGGCGGAAGCGUUGUCUAGAAGGAAUUGGUAUCAGAUCCAAUUUAUAGGGCCAACUGUUUUCUACGAGUUAUCGAUUGUUUUAAGUUAAUUGUUUUACCUCUCACACUUGCAAGGACACAACACAAGCCCACUAAAUUGACUUUGGGAGGCUGAAAGCUGGCAACUGUUUGCAAGUAACCAAGCUAAAUUUAUUGUUAAAUACACUAUGUGUAUGGCCGGAAAAUAAAUGUAUAUUGAAACUAGACGCCAACUACAAUUGGCAAUUAUUUUGUUAACAAUUCAACCAAAAUCCGCCAUGUCCUUGCUUAGAUAUAAUAUCGAUAUAGUAUAUAAUGGAUUUAUAUGUGUAUAUGCUUCCACACUCUUGAAUUUAUACGUUUCCCUUUUUGUAAAUUAAGAAGUUGCCUCUGUAAAUAAAAGCAAAACCCUCUACUGGGGGUGAGUUAUAACCAUGAA